AUGCCUUCGAUACGGGUGUACAUACGGCGACUGCGUGGGAGGUUUUAUUUCCGCCCGAAUGAGGACCUCUUUAACCUUUUAGGGCGAGCUUACGAAGGAAUUGAUGAUGGCAGCUUUUGGGUAGAAGACAACGACUACAUCAUCGUGCACCUCGAUUCCGAUGUGCGACAGAACCUCAAAAGCAACAAGUCAUUACGAAGAGGCUUUGUGAAUAUUUUCCGAAUUGCCGUUGAGUGUCUUAAGGCCAAUAAGGUCCCAAGCGUAGAAAAUCUUGAGUGGUGUUCAAACAACCGGAGCGAGUGGCCGCCAUAUUCCAAGAACUACCUGCGACGCGCUAGAACGCAGAUGGGAUGCCGGGCAGUGCUUCGAUACAUGUUUAAAACUGCUAAGGAAUGGGACGAGAAAGCAGGUAAUGGAGAGUGUCAACUCACGUUGGAAAAAAAAUGGUCAGACCUUCCAACAUGUAGAAACGAUCAUGAGUUUGAAUUCGUUGCCCGGAGUCUUGUUGUCGUCAAUCACGCGACUUACGGCAGGCAGAUGGUGAAUAUCGAAGCCAUUACGUGUCACUUCGACUAUGGUCGCAUCGAUGAGGCUGCUACGAACCUGGGAGAUUUCACAGCGAGGUUUGGAUAG